AUGAAGAUUGGCCAAUGGCAACACAGCACAGGACCCCGAACACACAUGCACACGCUUCCUAUCAAGAUGAAAAGAGGCCUACUAGUAGUACUUUGGUCCUUGUUCUGCCUCUGUGUGGCAGACACAGCUACCGGCAACAAGCCCAAACACCCUAUUGAGUUUGAUCAAUUGGAAAUAUCCAGGAAAUAUGUUCCAGCAAAACAGCAUGCAUCUGCGAGCAAGAGCCCUUCUAGUUCUUCAGUCCAUGGUGGCUCACAAGAUUAUCAGCGAAAGAGGGAUAAGAUCAUAGCAAUGCCAGGCCAGAUGGAGGAAGCGGAAUUCACACAAUAUGCAGGAUAUGUCACGGUGGAUGCAAAUGCUGGAAGGGCUUUGUUCUACUAUUUUGCUGAGGCUCCUCAAGAUCCUUCCAACAAACCACUAGUCCUAUGGAUGAAUGGAGGCCCUGGUUGUUCAUCCUUUGGAGCUGGAGCCAUGCUAGAACUUGGACCCUUCUCUGUCCAUAGUGAUAACAAGACACUGUACAAGAAAAAACAUGCAUGGAACACAGUAGCAAAUAUGCUGUUUGUUGAGAUCCCAGCCGGUGUUGGGUACUCAUACUCCAACACGACAUCAGACUAUCACAACACUGGUGACAAAAGAAGCACAGAUGAUGCGUACACCUUCCUUGUCAAUUGGCUGGAGAGAUUUCCCAAGUACCGAGACCGUGAUUUCUUCAUAACCGGCGAGAGUUAUGCUGGCCACUAUGUACCAGAGCUAGCUAAUUUGAUUAUUUCUAACAACAGAGCCAGAGGCGCGACUAAUGUCAAGCUUAAAGGUGUUGCUAUCGGCAACGCAGACUUGCAAUACAAUUUGACUCUAAGAGCGACGUUUGACUACUUCUGGAUGCAUGCUAUGAUUUCUGGAAAAACCUACAGAACUGUACAGGCCAACUGUGGCUUCAACGGGACAUAUACUAAAGAUUGUGAUAAUGCCAUGAACUUGGCCAUAAAGGAGAAGGGUAAUGUUGAUGACUACAACAUCUAUGCACCAAUAUGCCGUGAUGCCUCCAGUCCUCUCAGAUCAAGUGACCCGGUGGUGUUCGGUGAUCCAUGCACAAAUCACUAUGUCUCAUCUUAUCUAAAUCGUCCUGAGGUCCAAAGAGCCCUACACGCAAACACAACAGGGUUGAACUACCCAUGGACGGAUUGCAGUCAACUUGUAUUCGAUAACUGGAAAGAUUCACCGGAGACCGUGCUGCCAUCGAUCAGGAAACUCAUUUCAAGUGGCACAAGGGUAUGGCUGUACAGUGGUGAUAUGGAUGCAGUAUGUUCUGUGACCUCGACCCAAUACGCACUGGACAUUCUUGACCUGCCCACAGAAACAUCUUGGCGCCCAUGGCGCGUCAACAAUGAGGUUGCCGGCUAUGUGGUUGGGUACAAGGGCCUGGUGUUUGCAACAGUCAAAGGAGCGGGGCACAUGGUCCCUUACUAUCAGCCCCGCAGGGCCCUAGCGCUAUUCUCAUCCUUCCUAGAAGGAAAGCUUCCGCCACAAUGAUCUAAUUGUUAGGGAUAAAUUAGCACAUAUCUAUUGUAAAACGUCGCUAGCGAAGUCCGACCCCAAGAAGUCGCAUCCCUUCUCUCUCUUUACAUGUAAAUGUCAUCCUUUGGAUGCAUUCCCGCAGACAUGCAUAUAUAUCCUUUGUAUCACUGAAAUCGAUGAUGCUUGGCCAUUCACUUCCUUCCAGUCUCGUUUUACUUUAUAAUUUUUAGAUCAUCCGGAAGGCUCAAAAGGCCCUUCCGGUAUAUAUGAAACCACAAAUUCCAAACAAAGGUCGAGGAUUCGGAAGCUACAGCAAGAACGUCUAGAAAGGCUAAAGUAGCUAGAAGUAGCAGAUAACUAGACACAUCCAAAGCCUAUCACCCAAAUUAAAGCAUAUGAAACCCAGUGCUAGGCGGAAAGACAUCUUCUAGUAGUUAGGCAGCUCUCCGUCAUAUGGCUUGCAUUUCCAGCGGCACCACCAAUGUCGAGGAAGUCCUGGUCUUCCUCAUCGGCGACUGGGUUGGAGAGCCGGCCAGCUCCAGAGGGGAAGCUGGGCUGAGUGGGGAGGUCUUCGGCACCCUGGUUAGCACAGUUGGGGAGAAUGGACGCGAAGGAGCAGUACCCACAGGAAUAUCUAGACAGGGCUCCAGUAAUGGAAAUGCUUUUAAGCCCUGUACAAUGGGAGGUGCUUAGGGGAGGUGCUUAGAGAAAUAAACCAGACUUUCCUUAAGCACCGGUGCUUAUUUGUACAGGGUAGACGCUUAACUAAGCGUCUCUCCUGUAGAAAUAGGCACCGGUGCUUCAGAAAAUCUCGGUUUAUUUUUCUAAGCACCCCUCUAAGCAUCUCCCAUUGUACAAGGCCUCUCUAAACAUAGCACCCUCAGUGCCAUUGUCUAGCCCCGUUACCCCACAGACAGUAGCGGAGCUUCACACAAAUUGCUUGGUGGGCCAUGCUAAAGAACACACAAAAUAUUCAAACUAAAUCAUUUGCAUUACAAACUAAAUCUUCUUGUUUGUUACAAGAUCAAGUGAGCAGAUUAAAAGAAGUUAUGCCAAAAAAUUUACUACUCCCUUACAUUGUACAGAGGAUGCGUGGGAGUGUGUGAUAAUUUGCCAGGCACUACAAUUUUGACUGGCCUUGCACAUAGCUACAUAUACUACAAUUUGUAAUCUGUAAACAACAAUUAAGUGAAUUGUUUAUGCUAGCAUAUUGGUAACGAGAUGAAUAGAUGAUGACCUGAGUGAAAUUUAGGGGAAGAAGAACGCGUCAAAAAAAUUUAGGGGACCAAAAUUGGGAAUGAUUCAAAGAAAUUAUAUGUGAAUAUUGCAGUGAUUCAGGAGAAUUGGAGAGAUUGAGGGUACGAUAGGAUCAAAUUCAAGAAGGAGCUCAUUUUUGGGUGUUGCCUGAGUUGCCGGUGGUAGCUACGUGUACUUGUGGCCGCGUGGAGUCGUGGGCUGGCCGACUCCGACUCGCCCUGCUGCUGUGUGCGGUGUGCCGGUGGGCCGUCCGGCCGUGGGCGGCGGCUGAUGUGUGCCGCAGUCCCCGUGGCCGGUGGGUGGCGCCGCGGGAGGAGCACGCCGCUGCUGAUGGACCCAAAAAAAAAAGGAAUGCACGCGCCGAGCUAUGGGGUUCUUCUCUCAUAGCGAAGGGGAGGAGGUAGAAAGAAAGAGAUGAGAACACGUUGGGUGGUGAGGAGAUGAGCGAAGAGGAAGGCCAC